CACCCAAUAGGAUUAGUCUCUAAUCAGCGCUUCAGCACUGGUCGGUGUCAGCUCGACAGCUAUAAGAUAGAACAUGACUGCUCCACUAUGCGUUUACCGUCCUUCGUCCCUCCGUUUGCUCCCUUUCACAAAGUUACUGUAUUUGCGCUGGUAGAUCAUUAAGCAAUGAUCGACUUAAGAUUUGAAUUCAAGGCCCUAGGAGCAUUGGUCGCUCUCGUUCUAGCAGGCAGUUUCCUCCGCACUAAGAUACGAUCAAGGUCACGCUUGCCUCUUCCUCCUGGACCCCCUGGACACUGGCUGUUUGGAAACGCUAUACCAAGAGCCAACCAAUCUCAACGUUUUGCUGAAUGGAUUAAUACCUACGGAUCCAUUAUCUCGCUUCGAGUCGGGCCCAAGGUCAUGGUCAUCAUUGGCAGAUAUCAGGAAUCCGUUGACAUAAUGGAGAAAGAAGGUGGUCUACUAGCAGACCGCCCCCGUGCAGUUGCAGCAGGAGAGAUUCUAUCUCGCGGGCUGCGUCUGAUCCUUGCACCCGCAGGAGAGCAGUUCCGGAGACUUCGCAAGUUGUGUAAUAUCUUCUCUUCGCGACCACUUAACUGAAGUUAUAUUAUCCAGGGCCGCACACACUCACCUUCAAGCGAAGGCCGCAGAAUCCUAUGCGCCCAUCCAAAUGAAUGCCGCCCGUGA